GACGUCAUGGAGAUAACCGUGACGUCGGCAAACAUUUGUUUCAUAUGUCGACGUGACACUUCGGUCGGCAGUCGCGUUACACAUUCGAAUCAUUUCGUGGCUUAUACCUCAAAAUUAACAGUUCAAAGGACACAUCGUUCGCGGCCGCAGGAUGCGUCGCAAGAAUCGACCCGUCAGAUGGCGACGAAUCGUCCGGCUGCGCAGCAACGGCUCCGAACGAACAGGUCAGGCGUACGUCAUAUCCGGCAGAGCGCAGGCCGUGCUCUCGGCCGUCCUGGAGAGCAUAUUGGACGAGUGCCUGCAAGAAGCCGAGAACUUGGCUACUGCAGCCGGCAAAAGCUGCGUCACCCCCGAAGAAAUGGAGAAGGCAUUGAAGAACCUCUGUCUACGUUUGAACGCGCAGCCGAGCAGGCCGGGCAAACAGAAAGUUAGCGCGCGAAAGUGAACAUGCUCGAAAGGAGGAAAGCUGUUGCGCGCGCGUGCUGAAAUUGUCUCGGCGAGAUUACGUAGCCACCUUUGCCGCUCUUUGUCGACUUUAUCAUUAAUAAAUGUGAACUUGCACGA